GCCACAGUGGCAUCAUGGUUCCUCAGUCUCUCGGGUUGGUGCUUUUCUGCUUCCUGCUCCAGCUUCAGGGACCCCUAGGAGCUGUAGUUUUCCUAAACCAGGAGGAAGCACACAGUGUCCUACACCGGCAAAGGCGUGCCUACUCAUUCCUGGAAGAGCUGAGAACGGGCUCCCUGGAGAGAGAAUGCCUUGAGGAAAAGUGUUCUUUUGAGGAGGCCCGAGAGAUCUUCAAGGUCACGGAGAGGACCAAGGAGUUCUGGAUUGUUUACACUGAUGGGGACCAAUGCGCCUCGAAUCCAUGCCAGAACGGGGGCACCUGCCAGGACCACCUCCAGUCUUACAUCUGCUUCUGCCUCCUAGACUUUGAGGGCCGGAACUGUGAGAAGAACAAGAAUGACCAGCUGAUCUGUGCAAAUGAAAAUGGUGGCUGUGACCAGUAUUGCACUGACCAUCCAGGGACCAAACGCUCCUGCCGCUGUCAUAAGGACUAUGUGCUUCAGCCAGAUGGGGUGUCCUGCAAACCGAAAGUUGAGUAUCCAUGUGGGAAAAUACCUGUUGUGGAAAAAAGAAACUCCAGCAGCCCCCAAGGCCGGAUUGUGGGAGGCAAGGUGUGCCCCAAAGGGGAGUGCCCAUGGCAGGCUGUGCUGAAAAGCAGUGGGAUAUUGCUAUGUGGGGCCAUCCUGAUGGACACCACGUGGAUAGUGUCUGCAGCCCACUGUUUUGAUGGUAUACGGAGCUGGAGGAACAUAACCGUGGUGAUGGGUGAGCAUGACUUCAGCGAGAAGGACGGGCCUGAGCAGGUACGACGGGUGGUACAGGUCAUUAUCCCUGACAAGUACAUCCCAGGCAAGAUCGACCAUGACAUCGCCCUGCUUCGCCUCCACCGGCCUGUGACCUUCACUGACUAUGUGGUACCCCUGUGUCUGCCUGAAAGGGCCUUUUCUGAGAGCACCCUAUCCAGAAUCCGCUUCUCAAGGGUCAGUGGCUGGGGCCAGCUGCUGGACCGUGGUGCCACAGCCCUGGAGCUCAUGGCUGUCGAAGUGCCCCGGAUGAUGACCCAGGACUGCCUGGAACAUGCCAAGCACAGUUCUAACACCCCCAAAAUCACAGAUAAUAUGUUCUGCGCUGGCUAUGUGGACGGUACCAAGGAUGCCUGCAAAGGCGACAGUGGUGGCCCACAUGCCACACACUACCGUGGCACGUGGUACCUGACAGGUGUGGUCAGCUGGGGGGAGGGCUGUGCAGCUGUUGGCCAUGUUGGGGUAUACACCAGGGUCUCCAGGUACGCAGAUUGGCUGAUCAGGCUCAUGGACUCCAAGCUCCAGGUUGGGGUUCACCGAGUGAAACUACUCUAGCUCCUUGGACAGCCCAGCCUUUCUCAAGGAGGAAGCUGUGUAGUCUCCUGAUAUUCUUGGGGUGGGGAAGGAGAAAGAGAUAAAGAAAGGGUGAAGGAAACAGGGGGGAGACAAACGAGAGAGUCAGAGAGAGAGAGGGAAACAGGGAGAGAAGCAGAGGGGAGGGUCAGAAUUAGAGACUAACAAAGACUCUCAAAGGGGCUGGGUGGUAGAGCCACAGGCAGGCAGCCCAAAGGGGCAGGGUGGUCCUGAGAGAGCCAAGGCCCGCCCUUGCUACUAUAUCCCUGCAGCUGCCUCCAGUCUGCAUGUGCUCUGCCUGCAAUGCUGCAGGGCACACACGUGCAUAUAGACAUAUGUAUGUGCAUGCAUGUGUGUGCACUCAUGGCACAUACAUCGUCUGCACCACUGUUCACUUGUGUUUCUUUCUUUUUUGUGUGAGUACCCUGUCUUUAUUUCAAUUAAAUGAGAGACACCAUCUGA